CUAAUCUGCCUCUACCACAAAAAAUUGACAAUUACAUACUUGCAGUUCUCCUAGCUUCGUCUGUACAUCACUCAAGUUACAUCAAAUUGUAAACGGUCUCCCCGUAUGCAUCACAUGUUUAGUUAAUUUUCUGGAAAAUAUCAAAUGGCUGCUAAAUUUCCUAAAUUUGAUGCUAAUUUAACAUACACUUGUGUAAUUCCUGGGUUAAUGUUAUCUUCAACUUCAUCGUUUCCAAUUAAAGAAUCUAAACUGACUGCUGCUAUCUUCAGUUUCUUCGUCUAUAGAACUCGAUUUGCUCCCAAUUGAUUCAUCUGAACUGUCAUUCGAAACGAGCUUUUAUACGGUCUGCACGCUCAAUGACCCGGUCAGUGAAUCCUGGAGUUGCUGCCAGUUCU